AUGCCUUCGAGGACUCGCGUACGGAAACCCGACCCGCUGCCAUACCCAACGAGGCCAUACCUCGCGCUAGGUCUCGAAGGAAGCGCCAACAAGCUAGGCGCCGGUAUCGUGCUGCACAAGCCAUUCGACCCUUCUGCACCUUCAUCUUCUUCUACUUCAGUACCUUCGUCGAUCUCCUCUCGAUCUGUGGGUCGAGUUGAAAUCCUCUCCAAUGUUCGCCACACGUACGUCACGCCACCCGGCUCGGGCUUCCAGCCAAGCGAUACCGCCAAACACCACAAGGAAUGGAUCAUCCGAGUCAUCUCCGAAGCUGUUCGUCGCUCUGGUAUCAAGUCAUUAGCAGAUGUCGACUGCAUCUGCUACACCAAGGGCCCCGGAAUGGGUGCCCCGCUUCAGAGCGUCGCUGUCGUAGCUCGCACGCUUGCUCUCAUGUAUAGCAAACCACUGGUCGGCGUCAACCACUGCGUUGGUCACAUUGAAAUGGGAAGGACUAUCACUGGUGCACACAAUCCUGUUGUCCUCUAUGUCUCAGGUGGAAACACACAGGUGAUCGCAUACUCUGCGCAAAAGUAUCGCAUCUUUGGCGAAACCCUCGACAUUGCCGUGGGUAACUGUCUCGACCGGUUCGCGAGAGUCAUUGGGUUGAGCAACGACCCAAGUCCAGGACAGAACAUUGAAAAGGAAGCCAGGAAGGGUACCAAGCUCCUACCGCUGCCAUAUACCACCAAGGGAAUGGAUGUGAGUCUCGCCGGCAUUCUCAGUGCAACAGAGGCAUACACACGGGACAAGCGCUUCAAACCCAAUGCUCACGUUGAGUACAACGAUGCAGCAGUCGGAAGCUUGGCAAAUGGUGACGUGUGGACGGGAGAAGGAGGUGGAAAGCAUAUCAUCAACAUAUCUGACAACGCUCCAACACUAACAUCGGAUGCAGAUGCAGACGCACCAACUGCGCGUACCGAUGCUGAUGUCGACGUCUCCCAAUCCGGCGUCUCUCAGCUGGAUUCUAGCGUCGACACCAUCACCCCUGCCGACUUGUGCUUUUCGCUGCAGGAGCACAUCUUUUCUAUGCUCGUAGAGAUCACGGAGCGCGCUAUGGCACAUAUCGGUUCCAAAGAGGUGCUCAUCGUGGGUGGCGUCGGGAGCAACCAACGGCUGCAACAGAUGAUGGGCGUCAUGGCCAGCGAGCGCGGUGGAAGCGUGUUUGCGACAGACGAGAGGUUCUGUAUCGACAAUGGCAUCAUGAUUGCUCAUGCGGGCCUGCUGAGCCACAGGAUGGGGCUAGACACGAGUUUGGACAAGAGUACGGUUACGCAAAGAUUUCGGACGGACACGCCCAAUAUUACAUGGCGGGCGUGA